AUGUUGGAUUCUACCACGCAAAACGUCCCGGACAACUCGAUCCGCAUAAGCAUCGACAGGGCAAGUCGGCUGGGCAACUUCCAACCUGCGAUGUCCUACUUGGAAACCCCCACUUCGUCUAGCCGGAAAGAAUUCAUCCUCAAGCUCUUAUCCUCCGAUCCAUCUAAUUACCCUGAUGCGCCUACAGAGGGGAUCAGAAGAGCCUUGGAAAGACGAACGGGGCAGACGUUCCCUCGCGGACAACCUCUCCCGACGGACAAGAUCGAAUUCGUCAGACUCUCAACGACCGUGGCUACAAACGCUCUGCUCGAACGGAAAGGAGAGAGUCAUGCGCUCUUGAUCACUCGGGGGUUCAAGGACCUCUUGAGUAUAGGCAAUCAGUCCCGACCGAGGAUCUUUGAUCUGAACAUCAAGCGACCUUCUCCGCUGUACAAGGAGGUCGUGGAGGUGGACGAGCGGGUGACCCUAGUAGGGUAUACCUCUGAUCCGGCGUUUGCGGGGAACGCGGUCAAAUUCGGAGAGGACGGAGAGGUGGUCAAGGGGUACACCGGGGUCGGGUCGCAGAAUCACCAAAGCGGGAGUGCAAAUGAAGGGACAGACAAGGAGGUUGAGAUCGUCCGCGGGAUCAGCGGGGAGGCCGUCCAGGUCCUACAAACACUCGACGAACCCGCCAUCACGACCCAACUCAAGACCCUCUAUUUAAACGGGUAUCGAUCCAUCGCCGUCGUCCUCUGUCACUCCUAUACUUAUCCCGCACACGAAUUCGCCAUAGGUCGGAUAGCCAAAGAGAUCGGGUUCGAACACAUCUCGUUGUCUUCACAGUUGGUACCGAUGAUCAAGAUGGUACCCAGGGGGAUCUCGAGUACGGCGGACGCGUACUUGACCCCGGUGUUGGGAGCGUAUCUGGACGGGUUUUAUGGAGGGUUUGAAGGGGGAAGGGAAGGGGGGUUGAAGGUCGAGUUUAUGGGGAGUGAUGGGGGGUUGUGUGACUUGAAGAACUUUUCUGGCCUGAAGAGUAUCUUGUCGGGCCCGGCGGGUGGAGUGGUAGGUUCCGCAUUGACGAGUUGGGAUAAAGAGAAUCCGUCACCCGUGAUCGGAUUCGACGUGGGUGGGACGUCGACGGAUGUCAGUCGGUUUGAUGGCAAGUACGAGAUUGUCUACGAGACGACGACGGCGGGGAUCAGUAUCCAGAGCCCACAGCUGGACAUCAAUACCGUGGCUGCUGGAGGAGGUUCGUGUCUCACCUUCCGUAACGGCAUGUUCCAAGCGGGUCCAGAGAGCGCGGGAGCACACCCGGGUCCAGCUUGUUAUCGAAAAGGAGGACCGUUGGCGUUGACGGAUGGGAACCUCUUUCUCGGACGACUUGUACCAAAAUACUUCCCCAAAUGUUUCGGGCCCAACGAGAACGAGCCACUGGAUCCAGCAGCUUCCGAAAGCGCGUUCAAGGAGCUGCUAGAAACUGUUCGGGCGGAGACCAAGUCCGAGAUGACGCUCGACGAGAUGGUCUAUGGUUUCGUUACCGUCGCCAACGAGACCAUGGCAAGGCCGAUCCGGACGUUAACGGAAGCGCGGGGGUAUGCUACGUCGAAACAUGUUCUUUCGUCGUUCGGAGGGGCCGGUGGACAGCACGCUUGCGAGAUUGCAGAGAACCUGGGUAUAACUCGGAUACUCAUUCACCGCUACUCGUCGAUCUUGUCGGCAUACGGUCUGGCGCUAGCCGAACGAGUCUUUGAAAGUCAAGAACCGAGUUCGACGGCCUACAACUCGGAAACCAUCCCCGCCUUGACAAAAACGCUGAACAGGCUCGGUGAGGGCGUAGCCGCUGAACUCCGUCGCCAAGGUUUCCCAGAAAACAAGAUCAGGCUAGAUCGCAUGCUUAACAUGCGAUUCGAAGGGACGGAUACCGCCUUGAUGAUCACGGCAGAGGACGAUACAACGUUCGAGGCGGGGUUCAAAGCGGCUUACAAGGAGCAGUUUGGUUUCGUGCUUGACACUCCGGUCGUGGUCGACGAUGUCAAGGUAAAAGGCGUAGGAAAGACGUUUGACGACCUGGGUGAAUCUGUCUUCAGAGAGUUCGCUCGGUUAGAUAUGCGCAAAGUCGAGCGCACUGCAGGAUCCAGCAAGGUAGACAGCUUCCAGUCCGUCUACGUUUCAGCACCGGGAUCGACCAAAGGCCGCCGGGAGGAUGUGCCGGUGUUCGAGCUCGAUUCGCUAGAAGUAGGAGACCUCGUCGAAGGUCCUGCGCUCAUCAUCGACGAGACACAAACCGUCUUUGUCAACACAGCAUGGUCGGCCAACGUGACUUCGAAACAUCUGUAUAUCACUCGAGUUUGA